AUUGCAGGCGGGUGGAGUUUCUUUCAGUACCGGAUAACGCUGUGUUUUGAAACUAGCGCAGUGCACACGAAGAAAGCUUUAGCUAACUCUACUUUAUUAUAAACUUUAACUAUGUCACCAUUAAAUAUAUCUAAACGUCAUCGACAGUAAUGGUGACAGGAUUGCUAGCUUAGAGUAGAUGUCUUGUUUCGAAGAUCUUUGAGUAUCUUUAGCUCGCCUCUGCUUGGACCUGGGUUGCUAUCGUUAGCUAGCUUACUGUUGUCAUCGGUUGUGUUGUUGUAGUGACUCAGGUGAGCAGCGACAUGUCGGAGUCCGGUCACAGUCAGCCCGGGAUGUACGGGCAGGGACGCCGGAGGAGGCGACGCCGGGGGGACAGAGAUGCAGGACCUCCGGGGCAAAAUCUGUCUGGUCCCAGUCGGGAUCGAGAAUAUCAACCGAGGGAACGCAGGGAUGGGAGCGAGGAUCCACCAGGCCCACUCAUUCAGAAGACCCCCAUCAUUCUUGCAAAGCCCCCUGGGGAAAGGGCCAAGUCCUCACAGAAUGCACCUGUCAGUGGAGCUCCAGUCCUAGAGAAGCCCAUCAUGCUAAUGAAAGCCAGGGAUGAUGGAGGGAAGCUGGGUACCCCUCCAGAUGCGGCAGCUCAACCCUCUGGUCCUGGGCCCUCCAAGAUGGAGAGGGAGGGGCAGCGACCCACCCAGCCUGUGUACCAGAUCCAAAACAGAGGAAUGGGUGCUUCCGCAUCGAGCAGCGCUGUGGACCCCAUGGUUGGCCAGUCUAAACUCCUCCCUCCUGAGAAGAUGAAGCACAGCAUUAAGCUCGUGGAUGACCAGAUGAAUUGGUGUGACAGUGCCAUGGAGUAUCUGAGGGACCAGACCGAUAUGUUGGUGGUGGGAGUCAUUGGCCUGCAGGGAAGUGGGAAAUCUACAAUCAUGUCCCUGUUGUCUGCCAACACUCCUGAGGAAGAUCAGAGGGGCUACGUAUUCAGAGCCCAGACUCAAGAAAUCAAGGAAAGAGGAGGAAACCAGAGUACAGGCAUUGAUUUCUUCAUCACACAGGAGAGAGUCAUCUUCUUGGAUACACAGCCGAUGCUCAGCCCAUCUAUUCUCGACCACCUCAUCAACAACGAUCGGAAGUUGCCUCCAGAGUACAACCUCCCUCACACAUAUGUUGAGAUGCAGUCUCUUCAGAUCGCUGCCUUCCUGUUCACAGUGUGCCAUGUUGUCAUUGUGGUUCAAGACUGGUUCACUGACUUAAACCUCUACAGGUUUCUUCAAACCGCUGAGAUGUUGAAACCCUCCACUCCGUCUGCAAGCCAUGACAGCGCUGGCUCUUCAGGCAAUGACGAUGGAGCCGAGUACUAUCCUCAUAUAGUGUUCCUCCAGAAUAAAGCCAGACGGGAUGAUUUCUGCCCAAGGAAUCUAAAAAACAUGUAUAUGGUUGUGGACAAAUUAAUGGCCCACUCGCAUCUCAAGUACAAAGGUACAUUGUCCAUGCUAGACUGCAACAUGUUUCCUGGUUUGGAGCAGGACUAUCUGGCAACUGAAGUCAACAUGUUCCUCCUUCCUAUGCAGGAGAAUGAUGGGGAGGAUAAUCUGACUAAAGCAGGGACGGGAGCAUACCCGCUCUUCUCUCUGCUCCCGGGGUACAGAGGACAUCCUGCGUUCUCAACCAUGGUUUCAAAACUGCGCAGCCAAAUAUUGGCUAUGCCCCGCUGUCAGCUGUCACACACCAUCCUCACUGAGAAGAACUGGUUUCACUAUGCAGCUCGUAUCUGGGAUGGGGUGAAGAAGUCCUCCGCCCUCUCGGAGUACAGCCGCCUGCUCUGCUAACACCUUGGUUGAACUGCUGUCGUAUACAAUAGCAGUUGCAAGCUGUUACGUCUGAUAAUCAGGUCACUUAAAAGAAAAUGUGUCUGUGAAAGUGGAGCCGCAGUUUGCACCCUACAAGAGGGACAAGAGAAACUGGAAGCCCGGUCACUGGUGGAGAGUCAGAUAUUAAAGCAGGACACCUUCUGUAGACUUUGGUGGGAACGAAAAGCUGAGAACUUUUGGUGCUCAGUGUCAGAAAGUUGUGGAUCUCUGCACAUGAUCGAACAAGAUUCGGAUGGUUUUUUUUUGCAAGCCAUUAUGGACUUUGUGAUGUUUUGGUCUGAUGGUGCAGACAUGAAAAUAUAGAAAUCUGCAUUUGUUUUUUCUUAAUUUUCUUUCAAACCUUCAAAGUGUAAUUGUGAAUUACUCAGAAAUAAAAGGAAACAAGUAAAACAUA